AUGGCCGACGACAACACCCCAGACCUGAACUCUGUUCUUAAAUCCUUAGCCAGUUUCACUGCGCCGAAAAAUCCCUCCCUUAGCGGCAAUACUCCAUCCUCUCUUCGUCGGGCGGUUUCUAACCCACGACCCCAACCACGACCAUCGGAUUUGAUAUCAAAGCCACCGGGUGGGCCCACCAUCGACCCCACAACCAUCACCACCUGGCCUGCAGCAUUGCGCUAUGUAAUGCGCACUAUUGGUUCAAAUGAGGAGAUCCAGCUUCGACUCAAGGGGAUCAGCAGAAGUCACGCCGCUCAAGAAAAGCAAUGGUGGGAAAAGCGCACUGCUCUGCUUAAAACUCAACAAGCUCGUGCCGAGAGGAAACAAGAGCUAGAUCAAGUUCUGCGUUCUAUCGGGGCGCAAGUUGAUUCAAAGGCAACCUCGACAACAAAAGAGGAUGAGGCUGAGAUCAAAAGAUUUGAUCUUCAAGUUCACAGUGCGUGCGUUGAUUUGGAAAAGGCAUUUGAGGCUGAAAUGCGCGGAUUCAAUAUUCCCUUUUUCGUUCUCAAGUCGAAUCUGAUUCAGGAUGAACCUUCCACUGAGAUUAAGAGUGUUGAAGGAGUUCCCUCAAAGCUGUCCAAGUCAGAACUGGUAAACCUCAAGCGCCGCAUGUUGGUCCUUCUUAAUGAUCUUUGCAAGGACGAAUGA